UUUAGGCCACCAAGACUUGCAUCCCCCCCUCCCCGCCACUGAAGGGUUAAAAACAAGAGAAAGGCGGGAUUUCACUCAAAAGCAGGGAGGAAAGAGAAGCACCGGGCGCGGGUCUGAACUGCCGUUGCUUUCCGGUCAUGCACAGACACGCGUUUCCCCGGCUCGUUUAAAGCCUUCGCGGUUGCUUCGGCCUUCUGCAGACGUGGCUCCUCCUCUUGGCUUGGUUUUUAUUAAAAAAAAAACAAGCGGUUCAGCGGGUUGUGCGAAUGUAGCCCGCUAGUUAGUUCAGGAUUCAGCUUCCUUGUGCAAGUCCUGGAAAUGAUACGGUUAGGGAACCAGAUUAAUGUAUAUUAAUGACUAGCAAGUCCUUCAAUAUUACGAGAAGGUGGAGUAAAUUAAAGGCUUGAGUCGAGCCUCAGUGCUGAUGACUUCAUGGAGACACCUGCAGAAAGGGAAAGAUGGAAAUGCAGCCCUUCUCAGCAAUUAUGAGGUCUACAAAUUGUUGACGGAUCUGAAGCAGCAGUGCAAAGAGCCUGGGAAGAGCAAGCAGAGUGUUGCCCAGCAGAAUCUGAACACAAUCACGUAUGAAACACUGAAAUACAUAUCAAAGACACCAUGCAAGUUCCAGAGUCCUGAGAUUGUAAGAGAUUUCCUCAUAGCACUGAAAAAUCACAAGCUAACAAAGGCAGAAAAACUGCAACUACUCAACCACAGACCUGCAACUGCUGUUGAAAUCCAGCUGAUUGUGGAAGAAAGUGAAGAGAGGCUUACAGAAGAGCAAAUUGAAUCCCUUCUCCAGACAGUCACCAGCAUGCUUCCUGGAGACCCGGAACAAGAGCAGGAGGAGCAACCCAUGGUUGUGGAAGAGGAGGGGAGCCUAACAUAGGAGAAGUAUAAACAAACUGCAGGAGACCUCCUUCCCCAUUUUAGAAUCUGGAAGGAUUGGCCAAAUUCUUCAUUUGCUAUGAGAAUCUGCAGAUUUCCCACUGUCUCCAUGAUGACUUCGCAGUGUUGUUACUAUAUGUUUUCCAAUUGUUUGUACAUCAUAGGGGAAUUAUUAUUUACAUUAUAAACUUUUAAAGGAAAAAA